AUGGCGGCGGCGGCGGCGGCAGCAGCGGCGGCGGCGACGCCGGCGGGACCCGGGACCGCGCCGCAGGGGUUGCGGGGGUGGCUGCGGAGCGCCUACCGCUUCGCCACCGACCGCAAUGACUUCCGAAGGAACCUCCUGGUGAACCUGGGGCUCUUCGCCGCUGGAGUCUGGGUCGCUCGGAACCUGACGGAUAUCGACCUGAUGGCCCCGCAACCCGUCCCGUAGCUGCGGAAGGAGGAGAGCUGCAAGGGAGAAGAGCUCGCCCCUGCCCCAGGAGGACCGGAAGGGAUCGCCUUCAGGCGCCACCAGCAGGAGCCCCUCCUCUUCUCCUUCUCUGGGAGCUGCUACUCGCACUUUAAAGCUGCCCUGCUUGAAGCAGUGACACUGGGGGGGAGGG